GCUGGAGCAGCAGAGGCUCCACACCGACGGAGCUGCAGCAGGAGGAUGACGGGCAGCAGCGGGGAGUGUGCCUUGCUUCACGGCUGCGGGCAGAGAUGGCGUCCUGGGGCCGGUGAAUAAGCAGAAAAGGCGAGCGGAGGGAGGGGAAGAGGAUGCGGGAAGAGGAGGACGAGGAGCUGCACCAUUCAGAACAUUACAUGGCUGAGGAAGACUUUCGAUGAGGAAGAAGCGCUGUGAGGAUUUUCACGGAUGUUUUUUUGUUCUUUUUUUUUUGUUCUUUUUUUUAUGAGAUUUGAAGCAGAGGUGUGACUCCUCGGAGGGGGGGCGGUGGGGGUUUGUUGUCUACCUCAGCUGUUUCUCCCCCCGGCGGGGCUCUCUGCUCAUCCGACGCAGGGAGGAAAGGGCAGCAGGGGGAGGCGGGGAGGGAGGGCGAGAGGGGCGAUGGCCGCCGGUGGAGCAGGAUGCGGGGAAACGGUGGAGCAGUGCCGGGCCGAGGUGGAGCGUCUGACACGGGAGCUGGCGGAGGCGAACCGGGAGAAGGUCCGUGCGGCGGAGUGCGGGCUGGUGGUCCUGGAGGAGAACCAGAGCCUGAAGCAGCAGUACGCGGACCUGGAGGCCGAGCAGGAGGCGCUCAAACAGGAGCUGGAGCAACUGCAGGAGGUGGGCUCAGCAGGGGCAUUCGGCCAGGCCUACUCCACCCAGCGUAAGGUGGCAGAGGAUGGAGAGACCAACGAGGAGACGCUGCUGCAGGAGUCAGCCAGUAAGGAGGCGUACUACAUGGGCCGGCUGCUGGAGCUGCAGAGAGAGCUGAAGCACAGCCGGGCCACCGCAGCCAACUGCCAGACCGACAACGAACACCUGAGCGGGCUGCUGCAGGAGCUCAGGGAGCAGGGCAACGAGAUGUUGGAGCUGCAGAGGAGUCGCAUGCGAGAGGAGAUCCGGGAGUACAAGUUUCGAGAAGCUCGGCUCCUCCAGGACUACACGGAGCUGGAGGAGGAGAACAUCUCGCUGCAGAAGCUGGUGUCCACGCUCAAACAGAACCAGGUGGAGUAUGAAGGCCUGAAACAUGAGAUAAAGGUCCUUGAGGAGGAGAUGGAGGUCCUGAACAGCCAGCUGCAGGACGCUCUGCGGCUGAAGGACAUAUCAGACGGUCAGCUGGAGGAGUCGCUGGAGUCUCUGAAGAGCGAGCGCGAGCAGAAGAACCACCUGCGCAGGGAGCUCGUGCACCACCUCAGCAUGUGUGAUGUAGCCUUCACCGGCAGCGCCCACCUGACCUUCACCUCCGCCCCGCCCAGCGGCAACGCCACCCCGACUACUCUGAUGUCCCCCAACACAGAGGAGCCAAGCAGGUGUAACGGUCACCUGCAGGGUGGGACUGCAGCAGGGACAGCAGCCGGGUCGGGGUCCAGGUCCAACGGAGAGUACCGGGCGUCGGGUCGUAAAGCUGAGGGGGCGUCAACAGCGGACCUCUUCAGUGAGCUGAACCUGACGGAGAUCCAGAAACUCAAACAGCAGCUGAUGACGGUUGAACGUGAGAAAGCAGCCCUGACGUCCAGCCUGCAGGAGUCCCAGACUCAGCUCCAACACACCCAGGGGGCCCUGACGGAGCAGCACGAGAAGACCCUCCGCCUGAGCCAGAGGGUCAUUACCCUCCGCCGCCUGCAUCGUCGGGCCCAGCUCCACCAGGAGGCCUACAGCAGCACCACCCUCCACCCCGAGGCCCUGAUGGAGCUGAACCGGGAUGAGGGGGAGGCAGCGGAGGAGGAGGAGGGAAAACCAGAGGAGGAGGAGAAGAGUGAGACUCUAAACAAAAGUCAGGUGUUUUCAUAUCAGACGCCCGGUCUGGAAAUCAUGCAGUGUAAGUACCGUGUAGCUGUGACGGAGGUGGUGGAGCUCAAGGCGGAGGUGAAGGCGCUCCAUGACAGACUGGCUCAGAGUGCAGCGGAGGAGAAGCCGAGGAGAAACAGUCUGCUCCAGAAGAUGGAGAGGCAGGUGGCCUCGCUGGAGAAGAGCUGCAGGGAGGGACGGGAGAAGAUUUCCUCCCUGGAGGCGGCGUUACAGACAGCUCAGUCAUCAGCCAAUGAGAGCCAGGGGGCGUUGACCGCAGCUCAGGACGAGUUGGUGACGCUAAGCGAGGAGCUGGCCCAGCUGUACCACCACGUCUGCCUGUGCAACAACGAGACGCCGAACCGCGUCAUGCUGGACUACUACAGACAGGGCCGAGGGCUCAGAGGCCUCAGCGCCAGUCUUAAAGCCAUGUCUUCAGACAACAGCAAGGUUCUCCUCACACCUCGCCUCGCCCGGCGACUGGCCGCUGUCGCCUCCUCAACGUUGACUCCUGCGGAGUCCCGGAGCCCCUCGGAGUCUCCAUCAAGAGAGCCCCUAUCGAGGGAGGGGGGCAAAGAGGAGAAGGAGGGGGACAGGGAGAGUCUCCAGGUCCCCUCUGAGCAGAGCCUGCCUCCAACCCGCUCACCCAGCAUCAGUGCCUCUUCUUCAUCCUCAUCCUCAUCCUCGCCCGCCCUGGAGCCAGCCGGUGAGCUGCGCAGGGAGCCAAUGAACAUCUACAACCUCAACGCCAUCAUCAGAGACCAGGUGAAGCACCUCCAGCGGGCAGUGGACCGAUCUCUGCUGCUGUCCAGGCAGAGAGCUGCAGCCCGAGAACUGGCUCCUCUCCUGGAUAAAGACAAGGAGAGCUGCCUGGAGGAGAUCCUGAAGCUCAAGUCUCUGCUGAGCACCAAGAGAGAGCAGAUCGCUACGCUCAGGCUGGUGCUAAAGGCCAACAAACAGACAGCAGAGGGCGCUCUGGCCAACCUGAAGAGUAAAUACGAGGCGGAGAAGUCGAUGGUGACCGACACUAUGAUGAAGCUGAGGAACGAGCUGAAGGCCCUUAAGGAGGACGCCGCCACUUUCUCGUCUCUGCGGGCCAUGUUUGCCACCAGGUGUGACGAGUAUGUGACCCAGCUGGAUGAGAUGCAGAGGCAGCUUGCUGCGGCUGAGGACGAGAAGAAAACUCUGAACUCCCUCCUGCGGAUGGCCAUCCAGCAGAAACUGGCCCUCACGCAGCGCCUGGAGGAUUUGGCCUUCGAUCAGGAGCAGACCCACCGCACCCGUGGUAGCCGGCUGACCCGCAGGAAGACCAUCACCCCCAAAGUAAGUCACCCUGCCUCGGCUUCGGCAUCUGACCCAACCCAAGGGUCCACUUCUGCUUUGGCCCCUGUCAGCCUCUCACUUUCCAGCCUUACUAGUCCUACUUCAAUCCUUGAUGACCCCUCAGCGCCCCUCAGCCCGUCUAUGGUCAGUGCAGCUGCUGCAGCUCUUGCCUCAGCGCUCGCCUCCCCUUCUUCGCACUUACCCCCUCGUAGUCCUUCAUCACAAGCAGUCGCUUCAUUGGCUGGUCCUCUUUCGCAAGAGAGCCCUCCAUCUUUAGAGGCCCCCUCCUCUACCUCAACACGGACCCAGCCCUCAACCCCUAUGAAGCUGGCUCACUCCCAGUGGACCCUGGGGGUGCGGACGUUUGUGGUCGACUCCCACAGUUACAGUGUCAACAUCUCCCCCACUCUACCCCAUAGCUCAAGCAUCUGCAGACACUACACCCCUGACACUCAUACCUCCCCGCCAUCCUCCUCCACCACCACCACCACCACAAGGCCCACCCAGCCGGGAUCGGCCCCCUCCUCUCCCUAUCGAUCCCCCAUUUUGGGGCUCAGGCGCUCCACAUGGAGCCCCUCAGCCCGAACCCGGCCCUUAUCCACUCUGUCUCGCUCUUCUGCUUUCCAUACUCCUUCCUUAUCCUCCCCUUACUCCUCCUCCCCCUUCCCCACCUCCACCCACAACUACUCCUCUGCCUACUACAGCUCCUCUUCUGGUUUUACCCCCUCCAGCCCCUACCUCGCAUCAAGCUCCCCCUCCUCCUACACCCACUCCUCCCACUACACGCCCCUCUACCCCAGAUAUUACAGUUCUUACCGGCCCCGACACUAACUGUCCUUUACUACAAAAGCUUUCCACCAGGCUCCUUAUUGACACCAAAAACUGGAACGCCCGUCGUUUUUCUCCCCUGAGAGAGUAGCGGCUCACAGAGAGGAGGACACAAUGGUUUUCUGUUUCCAGUGCCUAAGCUUUGGCCGAUGGGUUCUGAAUGUUCAGUGACUUUGCUCAGGGAUUUGACAUGAGGAGCACAAGCAGCCCUGCCUUCCUUUUAUUCUGAGGCUGCUGAUUGGUCCGCAGGAGGACGUUAAUAGAGACUUUUUCAUGAGAGUUUUUAGAAUUUAGGCUUUCAGGUGGAGAUAACACAUGCAUGGAGUAAUUCAAUCACUCAGACGUUGACUGGACACUCGGCGGACACUUUCAUGACACAUUUAAUUCCGUCUUUCUUCUGUAUUCGCUGUAAUAUCCACUCUGUUUCAAAUAGUAGUCAACCUCAUAUACUGUAUACACAAACACUGUAAACCACACAAAGACGAAGCACUUUUCUUUCUUGAUGAUUAUUGGAUGCAAAAUGAAUCAGUAUGACUCAAACUAAAUAUCCAAAGGCAGAGUUUAGACCUGUUUGGGAUGAGGGUUGUCAUAAUACCAGAAUUUUAAACUUUGUUAGGAUGAUAGUAAAAAUCAAACUUUACUAAUACCUGUUGAUACCACAGCAAUGACAGAAAGAAGCCCCAGAUUGCCAGUCUUGGCUAAUUUGAGGGUUUUAAUUGCCAAAACUCCUGCACAUCGACUCUCUAUUGCAUAAAAACAUUGAUGAAAUGUUGGUCCAGAAACAUUGCCAAUGUUUAAGUGCAAUUAAGAGUAUCUCCUCCUCUGCUCUCUGACCAUUUGUCAGAGGCAUACCAGUCAACAUUCCUGCAUUUUUAUGAGACGCCAAAUGGACUUGAGAGACGUCCGAACUUGGAAUCUGAACAGACAGCCACUAAUUUCUCUCUUUUUCUGUCGCUUUUGGUUGAAAACAUGACAGACAAUCUGGAGUUUAUGAACUUCCCUUGUGGAUUAAGACGUCUGUUAACCUCGGGAGGAGGCUAUUAUUAGCUUUGUGGUUUUGCACUCUGGAUGGUAGAAGACAGGGUACGGCCAUGAACGUGUCUUUGUCCGUUAAAGUGCCAGGUGCUGUUUCGUUCACCACAACCCUCGUAGUGA